AAGCGGACCUACUGUGGCGGAGCGGUCGAUAAUAGGAAUAGGAGGAAUACGAGCUAUUCUGGCAUAACCAAAACAUUCUUGAAUUUGAGAUUUCAGUUAGGUUUUAUAAAAUAGAAGUGUUUAUCGACGACUGUUUUGCGUUCUUGUGGAUUAUAAGUGAAAUAUAGGGAACAAUUGCUUUGUUGCAAUAGAUCUAUUCAAGAGAUCAAAUUUGAAAAGGGCAAAAUGACGGAAGCAUUUCCAGGCCAGCACACGACCACGACGACUGUGACUCAGUCCAACACAACGGUGCAGACCGACAUUCGCUAUGACCCCUUUUACAUUCGCACCAUUCCAGGAAUGUUGAAGGCCGCUCAAAUUAUACUGAAUCUAUUGGGCUUCCUAACAAUAUCCGUUUCGGGUUAUUCAUCUUUGGGACGAGGCAGUUUCUUCUCUAGUAUAUCAGGAUUUGGAUUCUGGUUUACAGGAAUUCUACUUGUCCUAUACGUAUUUCACGUGGUGGAGAAGUUUUUCGCGAUACCUUGGCUGAGAAUAGAGUUAGUUUACUGUGCUCUGUGGGCAGUAUUCUACAUGAUCGCUUCCACGCUAUGUGCUGCCAACAUGAGCUAUUCCGCGGCUUUCGCAUGCACUGCACUAUUUGGAUACUGUGCGAUGGGUGUAUACGGAUAUGAUGCAUUCCUGAAAUUCAAAGCAGUGAAGUCCGGAGAAAUAGCACAAGGGGAACGCCAUGUAGCCAAGACCACCUCCACUGUCACUUCACCUGCCUACUAAUCAAUCACCUACUCAGGUCUCAUCAUCAAUUUGUAUAUAUUAUUUUAUCAUCUUUAACAUCCCUCAUCACUUCGCAAAAUAAUUUCGAUUGUAUUUUUUCAUCAGAAAGCACUUAAUCUAUAAGUACCUAUUCAAUGUAUCUGAUUUUCACUUAUUUUUUUUACAAUAAUUAAUUUAUUAUAGCUUUUGCUAAUAUGUAAUAUAUUUGUUUAGUUAAGUAUUUAUUCUCUUUCGACUGAAAUAAGAUUACCCAUUUUAAUUGAUUACUCUGAUUAUGUAAGAUCAAUCAAUACUUCAAAGAAAGUUAACUUUUGUUUCAUAUCUCAAAGGAAUGUCAUAAUUUAAACAUAGUGCUUUUUCAUAAAUCUUGUUAACUUCUUAUUUCUAUUAUUAGAAAUAUUCAAAUGAUUCAGUGAGAUCUGUGUUUCCACUUUCCAAUAUUAAUCAAAGCCUUUUUAUGUCUCAAGAAUCUACUCCAAUUAUUACAUCAAAGUUAUUCUUCAAAGAAAAAUGAAUUUUUAUAUCAUUGCCUCUUAUUAUCCAAAAAUACAUUUGGUUGGUUGUCAUUGCAACUAUAUUAUUCAAAUACAUUGUACACUAAUCGAGGGGUGUAAGUUUCUAAAGAAUCACGGAAAUGUUAAAUAUUUGAUAACUUUAUCCCAAUUAAUAUAUGUUUUGUUUCUUCAAUGAAGUUAAUUUUGAAAAUUUACCCUUGUUAUGUGUGAUAUAAUGCAUGAGUGCUUGUGUGUGUUUGUUGUUACUCCUAUGACCGAUUGUGUUCAAGAAUUGUUGCUUGUCUUUCUAUUCUAUCACUGUUGGAACAAUUUUCUAAAAAUUAUGAUGUUGAACAUAGAUCAAUCUAUUUUCCAAUCUCUCAUUUCCCUUAAAUUUUGUAUCAUGAUUUGAAAUAACGCUCCAUCAACAAGUCAUUUGGCAUAAAAAAUUUCGAUAUGCUAAUGUUUAACUGUUUAAACUUUCUUAGAUUCACCCAUGAUGAUUUUUUAGUGAUAUUACAGGAAUAGAAAAGAAACUAUGCAAUAGUUAGGUACGAGAAUAUAGUAUUUUUUCAGUUUCCAUUUUCUAGUAAAUUCAAUUUCAAAAGGAUUCCUUAAAAACUACAAUAUUGAAAUCAAGUUUUAAAAGUAUUAUAAAUGACUUCCAGUUCUAUACCAGAAAUAUAUCGCUUCAUGAUACUAUUUUAAUGGAUUUUUAUGGGAAUUUGUACUGUAGAUUCGACAGAAAAUAUAUUCUGAAUUAGAUGAAAUAUGAGGCUUGAACUAGUCUACCAUAUUUUUUUGGGAAUUUUUCGUGGGAGAAGUUUUUUAUAUUAAAUCGAAUUUACAUUUUAUUCAAUAUCGAAACCAAAUGAAUUAAAAUUCAUAAAGUUGAAUAAUUUUUAUAUCUACAAUGUUUGAAUCGUUCAGGAUUUAAAUAUUCUGUUUCUUCCCGCUACCAUUAAAUAAGGUAGCAACCUAUCUUUAAAUAAGGACCAAAAAUACUUCUAAUACUGUAUUGCAGAAUUCAUAAAAUUAGUUUCAAUGAUUUAUUCUUAAACUGCUGAAGAUAAUUAUAUUGUUUUCUCUUAAUACUUCUUGCAUGAGCAAAAAUGAUUAAUUCAUUAAUUUUAAAUUAUAUUGAUUAUACGUUUCCUUAAAAAAUUUGAACUCAAGGAAUAUAUUGCAUUUACAAUUGAAAUGAUAUAAAUAUGCAUUUAUUAACCAUAUCAGAUAUACAUCCAUAUUUUAUUCUCUAUUUAUUAAUGGAAAUAAAAUCGAUAUAUUAUUCCAAUAUCAAAUGAUAAUCCUUAAUACGAUAUCACAAUAUUUUGAUAUUAUAAUGUAAUGUGGUUUUAAAAUAAUGUUGCUCUUUCAAUGUUUCCCAUUUCCGUCUUAAAAGAAGAUUUUUAAUCAUUCGUAUACUCUCUAUUAGAUAGAUUUGAUAAAUUAAUGUAUUCUAAAGGAUCCUCCAAAUUAUUCCAUUUGUCUAUAUUAUUAAUAAACAUUAUUCCAAUAAGAAUUAUUAUUAUAUCGAUGUCGAAUUAAAAUGUUCACAUCUAUCCUCUUAUAACUUUCAAUUUUAGCUUAUCCAACAAAAUAUAACUAUGUAUUUCUAUUCUACUAGCAUUACCCACUUUAUUUUUAAAAUAUUAGGAUACUAUUAACUUUGAAUUAUGUUAUAAACCUAUUUCAAAUCGAUCAAUUUUUAGAAGCAAUUACUUGGUAAAACUAAUGUAUGGUACUUAUUGAAAACAAUUUACUUGAAGCAAUUAAAUAACUUUAAGGUUUUCAAAACUUUAAUAGCAGACAACAAUGAAAUUUAAAAUAAAAAUAUUUAAAUAUUGCUAGAAAAACUAAUUCGCAUUGAAAAAAUCAUAUUUGAAACUUUAAUAAUUAUUAUUGUGAAGUGAAAGGUAGGCAUUUAUUCAUCCAGUUCGUUCACGAAAUUCCAAAAAUAUAAUAUCACCCAGUUCCAAAAAUAUUAUAUCAUAAACUUAAAAAAUGCACAAUUUUUAUAAAUUUGAACAUUCAGCCUCUGAAUCCAUUUGUGAAGACUUUUUUAAUCUAGCUGCUCUUGAUACGUGAAAUAUUUGAUGCUACAAAUAUUUUAUUACGUAGCUUUUAUGUCUUAUUAACAUUUGAAAAAAUACGAAACAAUAAUUUUUUAAUAAACUACUUUUUAAUUGGAGUGUUGUAUUUACUGUAAUGAAGUGCGUUAUCCAACAGACAAUAAAUGACUGUUCUAGGUUGUUCUCAAAUGUUUAUAGGUCACUUUUGUGUGAAAUUUAAAUACAUUUGUGUAUCAUUGUAAAACUUUAUAUGCUUAUAUAAAUUUCAUACUAAGAAGCAAACAGUUAGAUUUAUAAAGUUUAUUUCCCAAACGACCGUAACUGAUCAAAGUUUCUUCAUAACUUUUUAUUUCAAGAAUGAUUAAUCGCAUAAAUUAUCAAAUAUUUUACUGGAUUUCUUCCAGCUUCAUGACCUUUUUUGAAAGGAAAAACAAUACAUAUUUUUUCAAUGAAAAUAACUUUUUUUGAAAUUGAGUGAUCAAUUACAAAAUACGCCAAACUGCAAUUGUAUUUGAUUAUUAGACCUUGGACCAUUCAUAAGAAAAUAAUCAGCUUGUUCAAGGAAACAAUAUUAUUAUAAGAUCAAACUUCUUAUGAAGAUUUGGUCUUUUACACUUUUUAUAUAAUUGUGGUGCCCUAUACCUAAGCAAUAGAUCAUGUCACCCAAGAUAAUAUAAAUUUGUUGUUGGCUUCCUAGCCUAGUUGUUAGACAUUUAUGUAAGUUCAUAUACACAUUUUAUAAGACUGUACAAUUUUAUGAGUAGUGUUUUCUAGCAUACUCGUGUUUAGUAUACAAUGUUCCACUAUUUAAAAGUGAUUAGAUUAUAUUAUAAUUGAUGUUAUUGUAAAAAUUUGUUUAGGGAAGACAUUUGUUGCAUUCACCAGUUUCCAAAAAUAAAAAUUGAUAAUUUCCAUUUUUAUUGAUGAACGGUUUUAUAGAUACUGUAGAACUUCAUCAUAGUGGAAAUUCAUGAUGAAUAAUUUAUAUAACUUGAUAAUCAACCUCAAAGUUGAUUAAUCAUUAGUAUUUUUCAAUAAUACCUAUAGAUGUUUCUAGUGGUUUGUAAAAUAGUAAAGUACACUUUGUAUAUUGAUAAAAUUAUAAUUCAAUCAAUGAAUCUCUUGUUAGAUUAUUUGUUCAAAAAAUGUAUAAUUUUAAUUUUGUUAUCAUUCAAGAUUCUAUGAUAAUGAUAAAUUGCUAGGACAUUUGGCCAAUUUCUAUUAAUAUUGAAAAGCUGAGGUAGGCUACUGAUAGUAGUAUUAUUCAUCAUUCAAUGUGCUUAAAUUAUAAAAUUACGUCAUUGAAUUCCAGUUAUCAUAACAAAUCUGUACUUACACAACUAUUGUAGUUCCAACAAUUUGCAUGUCUUUUUAGAUUAAUAUUAGAUGAUAAUCUAUUGUUAGUAGUCACAAUGUUAAAAGUGAUAAAUAAGCUUCAAUAGAUUGUACAAACUAUAAUAACUUAGUGUUAAAUUAUGGUAUAGAUAAUUUUAUGUAUUCAUUGUUGAAAGUAUUAUUCACAGCUUGUAAAUUUUUCCAUUAACAAACUAUUAUCACCACCACUAUAUUGGUCUUUCAAGUGUGAGAUGUUUAUUAUUAAAUCUGUUUAAAGUUUAUUUUCUGUUAUUGCAAUAAAGUUUUAACUCAAGAAUAA